CGUAAACAAGCUUCGCGUACCCCAGCUCUCAUUGUCCAGGGGUUCCAGAUAUUUCUACAAUAUUCGAAAGGAUUAGGCGAAUAUUCGUCACUCCUUGGUCUCACACAAACGCCCCGACAGUCAGAAAGACGUGCUCCUGAGUGAAUCCUAAAAUCAUCUGCCAUGGCAGAAAAAGGAGAAAACAGCCCUGAAACUUUGAACAACUCAAUCGACGCCGAGGUGAAUUCUGAUGGGGAUGAAAACGGCCUGAACAGUUCAAACAGUGAGAUAGAUAGCAAGAAACGACGAACACAGACUCCAAGUCCCCACCCAACUGGUGUUCCGGGUUUCAUGGCAGCAGCUUCUCCCCCGAAGUUUGUGUCGUUUGAGCAGCUGAUGGAGGCAGCCAAUGGUGUGCGAAACAUGACACUUGCCCAUGAGAUUGUGGUUGAUGGCGACUUCAAACUGGACACUCGCAAGCCACAGAAAGACAGUGUUCAUUCACAAGUACAGGAAGUGGUACACAAGGCAUUUUGGGACUUGCUGCGUGAGGAAAUUAGUCAGGACCCUCCAGAAUUCAAAAGGUCGCUGGUUCUCAUUGAAGAAAUAAAGGAGGUCUUGUUGUCACUGUUGCUACCCCAGCAUGUCCGAUCACGAGCCCAAGUAAAUGAAGUACUUGACCUUGAGCUCAUAGAGCAAAAGAUGGAGAACGAAGCAUUUGACAUCCACUACUAUGCCGAAUAUGUAAUUGGCAUCAUGGGCCGGCUGUGUGCCCCCCUCAGGGAUGACCAGAUCGCCAAGCUCAAGGAGCAGAAGGAAAUUGUGCCACUCUUCAAGGAGAUAUUUGAGGUUUUAGACCUGAUGAAGAUGGACAUGGCCAACUUCACGAUCCAGCAGAUGAGGCCCUACCUUCAGCAGCAGAGUGUGGAGUACGAGCGCAACAAGUUCCAGGAGUUCCUCAAGACUCAGGAUGAACAUGGAACAGAUGGCUUGCAGUUCACUAAAGUGUGGCUGAAGCGAAGCUUUGAACAACUUCUGGCUGAGGAAGAAUCUUCCGGAGAGGGAGCCACUGUAGGGUCAAAGGUCACACCAGCAUCUAUCAUGAAUGAGGCAUACAUGGAACUUCUACAGUGGAAUGAUGACCAGAUGUUCCCAGAGACUCUACUGAUAGGACCUUUGGUAUUGUAG